AUGUAUACAUUUGAGACUCCCAUGAGGCCCACGGAGCCGUUCUCUCCACUGCAUACCCGAAGAGCAAGGUCUUUCUCCAGACCACUGGAAGAUAACGUUGUCGAGCAGCAGCAGCCCACUUUCUCACGUUUGUCUCCAGCCAUGGAAGAAGAAGAGAACAGGCCGAGGGACUCUGUGGGGGAUGAUGAUGAAACACCCAUAGACCCUUCCUCUUCAACGCUCGAAACAUCCAGAGAGCAUUCGCAAGAUGAAAUCGACAGGCCGGUAUCAUCAAGGCCAUUCCCAGCGAGACUAAGCGAGCAAAGGUCCCCGGGGCCUUUCUCUCCAGGGGGAAUGGGCAGCCACCCCGCAGCGAUGGGUCGACCAACGCCAUCAAGAGAAUACCCGACAAUACUCAAUAAUAGAAAGUCACUGGCACCUGUCUCGCCAGGCAAGAGCAGUCAACCAGCAGCAGAACAAUUCUCUCCAGGAUCAGGAGAGCAGACCUGGACAACCGCUCGCCCAUUCUCUCCAGCGAGAAAGAGUAGACCGAGCCCAAAACCACUUUCUCCGCGAAUGGGCGAAGAUAAUCCGCGCAGCCCACAGGAAGAAUCGCCUGGGGUGGAAGAUAAAGUACCUACAGAUGCGUUGUCUCCAAGAGAAACUGAAAAUCCGACCGCUUCACGUUUCUCCCCAGUAGUGGAGGAUCUAGAGCCCAAGCCAGCAAGGCCUUCUUACCUCGGAUCAAUGGGCCAACCAGAUCCUCAAAAGCCGCUCUCCGCAAACAAAGAUGAAGAAAGCUGGGUUCCCGCCGAGAUGCGGGCACUAUAUUACUCCGUCGCUCCAGCCGUCAACGCAAUCCCAAAUGGCCUUCCACAGGGUGUUGAUACCUCCGACGUUGAUAUUCAAGAAACGGCAAUGCCAACACCGCAUACAGAGCUAGUCCUCGACACGGGAUUUCCAACCCCACAGCCCUCGCCGAACCAGUAUCUGCUCAAAGUCCAAACGGCAGCGUUCUGUCAAGACGAGCUGCGUCUCGCAUCGGAGUUGAAUCCAACAAAGACGACUCCACAGAUCCCGCUCCAUAGUCUCUGUGGGACUGUCGUCAGUACCCCGGCGCAGGAUCAUGGCCGGCCGUUUGGUCCGAGAUUUAAGAUUGGCGACGUGGUCUUCGGCGUCCUUAGUUACACACGUGAUGGGGGUGCGGCGGAUUAUGUCGUUGCAACAGAACGCGAAUUGACUCUCAAGCCGAAGAGUAUCACUGCAACUGAAGCCGCGGCUUUAGCAUUGCCGGCUUUAACGGCGUGGCAAGCGCUUUUUCGUUACGCGGGACUUGAUCCCGACGACCCUCACAAUUAUUGGAAGGGCAUGUCCAGUGGAUACAGUAGCGGAACUGGGAGUGGGAGCGGUCUUGGACUUGGCUCUAGAAAGAGUGAAGCUAGCAGCGGCAAAGGGAGUGGGAGUGGGAGUGGCAGUGGAAGUGGCAGUGGGAGUAGUGGACGCAGUAGCGGCAAAGGGUAUGGAUAUGGUUGGCGGAAGAAAAGCAUCGACUUUAUCAACCUGCAUGCUUUGAACAGAAACAAAACUGAAACUGGGAAUGGGUCCAUUGGGGGCAUCAGCAGGAGUUCUACAAAGGCGAGCGGAAGCGGAAGUGGAAACAGUUCAAAUUGGCGGAAGAAGAGCAUUGAUUUCAUCCAAGGUCAUACAUUCAACAAUGGGGCCGGGUUCAAGAAGAAGAAGGAUACAACUCUGCGUGUGCUGGUCACCAACGCGCGGGAUAGUGAAGUCGGCCGCAUCGCCGUACAGCUACUUCGAGCAGAGAAACUCUUUGCCUCUGAUACGCGGCCAUGGAUCUGUGUAACUUGUACCCUUGCUGAAGAGGACAUCAUCCGUCAGGGCUGGGAUGUUGAUGAAGUCCUUGUCAUUCCACAUCUUCCUACUCACGAGGAAUGCGACAUUGGUGCUAUGUUUCGGGCCCGCCGAUUGCAACCUGUGGACAUUGUGCUGGACUGUACUGGUGAUGAAGUCUUUCAAGAAGCACAUUCACCAGCUGUGGUUAAGGAUCACGGCGCCGUUCUGACAGCGGUGGAUCCACGGCCAGCAAAACAGCAGGCCCCUGUGGACGGUCAAGAUGCUCUUCGGCGAAGGAAGCGCGGACUUCGAAGUCAGUUUGUUCCAGUUAAUCCUGAUUCUGCAGCUUUGGGGCGUAUGGUGCAAUUAGUGGAUGAUAAUACGGUUCGGGGCAAUGAAGAACAGGUCAUUGAUCUUGUGCAUGCCAGUAAGCUUCUAGAAGGGAGGGCAUCGGCUUCUGCUGGGAGUCGACGGGGAGCGAUGAUGGUUGUGAGGGUUAAUUAA